GCGUGUUGUGCAGAGCACAGCAACGAAUUUGACGAAAUUUUCAACCGAAAAGAAGGACGAUGGCAAUGGCCACUCUGAAAGCAUUGGUCGGUCAUACUUCUUAUCCUUCUUCGUCACCGCUGACGUCUUCGUCGGAUAUUUUUACCCCCUCGGCCCCUCUCUGUGUUUGCCGUACCAGCAGAUUGAUAAGGCCCGCCGACUCAGCCACCGUUUGCUUGCUUCGUCCCCCAGCACCCGAGCCCGUACUAGCCCGCGUUGCUCUUGCUCGACCCGGACGCAGAGCUAGCGUUUCUGCAACAAUGGCUACUGGAGUGAAAGAGACUCUUCCACCGGCUCUUACCUCUACUUCAGACCCACCUCCAGUCUUUGAUGGAACGACAAGAUUAUACAUCUCUUACACAUGCCCGUUUGCACAGCGUGUGUGGAUUACCCGGAACCACAAGGGCUUGCAGGAUCAGAUCAAGUUGGUCCCUAUUGAUCUGCAGAACAGGCCUGCUUGGUACAAGGAGAAAGUCUACCCAGCUAACAAGGUGCCAGCCUUGGAACACAACAAUGAAGUAAGAGGAGAGAGUCUGGAUCUAAUUAAGUAUUUAGAUGCUAACUUUGGAGGGCCUUCACUUUGGCCUGAGGAUCCUGCAAAGAAAGAGUUUGCAGAAGAGCUCUUCUCAUACACCGACACAUUCAGCAAAUCCGUUGUCUCCUCAUUCAAAGGAGAAGGGGACGACCAAGCUGCCGCUGCAUUUGAUUUCAUCGAGAAUGCGCUUUCCAAAUUUGAGCACGGACCUUUCUUCCUUGGGCAGUUCAGCCUGGUUGAUAUUGCUUAUGCUCCAUUUAUUGAAAGAUUUACGCCAUAUCUACAAGAAGUGAAAAGCAUUGACAUUACAGCAGGCAGGCCAAAACUGGCAACCUGGAUUGAGGAGAUGAACAAAAAUGAGGCUUACACUCAGACCCGCCGAGACCCCAAGGAGCUUGUGGAAAGCUAUAAGAAACGAUUCGCGGCCCAGCUCUGAUCUGUCUCGCUGAUCCUGAGGGCCCAAUUGGUCUAUUAUCACCUCCCUGAAGUUAAGAGUGAACAUGAAUGUCUGGUUUUGCUGAGAAACUACGUCUAUUAAGAAUAAGAUUCUCGCAGUUUAUCUUGUUUCUGUGCAAGAAUUUAAGGUACUCUAGUGUAAAAAGCAGUAAAAGCAAAUGCAGUAAUGUAAGAGCUCAUCGGGGUCUUCAAGUUUUAAGUCCACUGUGAAUUCUAAAGUCAAUCUGAACCCAAUUAUCGGUUGUCA